GAGAGUGAGAGAACAAGCGAAUGAGAGAAGAGGCUCGCGAGCAGCGCCGCGCACUGUUCCACUGGAUUGUACUUGAACGGGAGUUUGCGGUUUGGCAGGUUUAUACACAUCAAAACAGAACAAAGAGACGGGCUCGAGCACGGCCACAGCGCCGGGAAACAAGAGAGGAGAAAAAGAAGAAAGCGAGGGGAGAAAUCUCAGCGACUGAAUUACAAAAGAACUGAGGACACUCCGCUCAUGGUUUCCACAUCUACACGGGGACAUAAACCGGGACUUUGUACGCUGUGGAGAAUUUGCGAGGCUGUUCUUUUUUUUUUUUUUCCUUCUUCUUCGUGUGUUUUGUUUGUUUUCUGCGGCCACCGAAAGUUUGCUUCGGGACAAGCGCGUGCCGUUUUUCUUAUUUGAAUUUUUAAUGUUCGCAGUUUCACCCCAGCCAGAAACUUUCGAGCCGGACAGCACAUGGUUUGAAAAAGGGCUUCUGAAAGACGUGGAUGUUUUAAUCCCUGCAGUAGAAUGUUGUAAACACGAGAGGAUUUUAUCCACUUUUUUUUCUACUCCAGGAUUUUUAUUUUAUUUUUCCGAUGGUGUUUGCCAAAGAGAAAAAAACCCUCCCCGUACUUUUAAAAGUUUGAAUAAUUCAUGAGAUACGAUUUGCCUGCUCGAGAGAAGUGACGGUUUUAGAAAAAAAGAAGAAGAAAAAAGGGGGAAGAAAGAGAAAGGGAGGGGGGUUAUCCACAAACAUAUUCAUAAGGGGCUGACGGAAUGGCCACCGCGGCUUCCAAUCCUUAUCUCCCCACCAAUAGCAUCUUAUCGUCCGGCUCCAUCGUGCACUCUGACUCCGGAGGUGGUGGCAUGCAGCCGGGCAGCGCUGCGGUUACCUCCGGGUCUGGGGGCUACAGGGGGGACCCCACGGUCAAGAUGGUUCAGAGUGACUUUAUGCAGGGCGCCAUGGCAGCGAGCAACGGGGGGCACAUGCUGAGCCAUGCCCACCAGUGGGUGACGUCCCUCCCGCACGCCGCCGCGGCCGCAGCGGCGGCCGCUGUGGCCGCGGCGGAAGCCGGGUCCCCCUGGUCGUCGAGCCCGGUCGGGAUGACGGGCAGCCCGCAGCAGCAGGACGUGAAAGGAUCCGGCAGAGACGACCUGCACACGGGCACGGCUCUACACCACAGGCCCCCCCACCUAGCUCCCCAUCAGACUCACGCCGGGAGCUGGGGCAGCACCACGGCGGCUCACAUCAACUCCAUCUCCGGGGGCCAGCAGCAGCAGCAGUCGCUCAUCUACUCCCAGCCCGGAGGCUUCACUGUCAACGGCAUGCUGAGCCCGGGCGGACAGAGCCUGGUGCACCCAGGGCUGGUGAGGGGGAACACCCCGGACCUGGACCACGGCAGCCACCACCAUCACCAUCACCACCAGCAUCCGCACCACCAGCACCACGGAGGCGGAGGAGGCGGAGGUGUCAACAGCCACGACCCGCACUCGGACGACGACACGCCGACCUCGGACGACCUGGAGCAGUUCGCCAAGCAGUUCAAGCAGCGGCGGAUCAAGCUGGGCUUCACGCAAGCAGACGUGGGCCUGGCUCUGGGCACCCUGUAUGGGAACGUCUUCUCGCAGACCACCAUUUGCAGGUUCGAGGCUCUGCAGCUCAGCUUCAAGAACAUGUGCAAGCUGAAGCCUUUGUUGAACAAGUGGCUCGAGGAGGCCGACUCUUCCACGGGCAGCCCUACCAGCAUCGACAAGAUCGCGGCGCAGGGGAGGAAGCGAAAGAAGCGCACGUCCAUCGAGGUGAGCGUCAAGGGGGCUCUGGAGAGCCACUUUCUAAAAUGCCCCAAGCCCUCGGCCCAGGAGAUCAGCAGCCUGGCGGACAACUUGCAGCUGGAGAAGGAGGUGGUUAGAGUGUGGUUUUGCAAUAGGAGACAGAAGGAAAAACGGAUGACGCCCCCGGGAGUGGCGCAGACGCCGGAGGAUGUGUACUCUCAGGUCGGCAAUGGGCAUUUUUUAGUAGAUUACUUAAAAGAUGAUGCAAGUGAAGCGAGCGACCAGAGGGUGACAACCACAAGUUCAUUCCACCAGGUAAUUUUGGCGCAUUGAGACAACAACCAAGAGGAAACCCAAGUAUUUUUUAUUAUUAUUAUCAUUAUUAUUACUAUGAUUAUGACGAUGAUGAUUCCGUUUUAAAAAAAAGAAAGAAAGAAAAAGAAAAUUCUCUGUCCCUCCAAAUCCCCAUAAAACAAAAAAGGACAAAUUAAAAAAUAUCACCCCUCAUUUCUCAUUUUCCUGUGUUUGACUGAAGAAACAACAAAGGACGCUCUUUUUUUCUUUUUGGGGCUUUUACAUUUUAAUUAUUUUUUUGUAUAUUCAGAAAUGGGACUGAACCGCCCCUUUCUACUUCUCCAUGCCCAACAAUAACAAGAGAGACAGGAGGGGGGGUAAAAACUGCAACUGUGUGAAGAAGAGUGACAUCCACGAGGCUUCCUUUAUCAUUUGCAGCUUCUUUUUGAGGUGGACUGCAUGGUUUCACUUAUGGAGAAUUAGGGAUAUAUUUUUUUCUUCUCCUUCCCUUUUUUGUUUGCCAUCUUUGAGGCCCCUCACGAGAAAGAAAAGACGAGCAGGACCAGGACUGACCUGAAAAAAAAAUACAAAAUCCUUCACGUGGGAGCUUCUUCGAUUCUACCUAUUAUUAUUAUUAUUAAUAUUAUUAUUAUUAUUAUUUAAUGGACACCACGAGUGGAUUUUUUCUUCUUCAUAUAAAAACACACAUAUAUAUAUAUAUUUUUUCCCCCCUCAUCAACAAAUAGAGACAUUUGCAAAAGACUCCAGCUGCACUUCUUUGAGAGAAAAAGGACAAAAAAAGAAAAAAAAAUCUGUUGCCAAGUGUGACUGAGUGGGUGCUGUGGAUAUCCUAUUAAUGCUGCCCUUUGUAAGCAGUAUUCUUUGGUAGGUUUUAAUAAACAAAAAGAAAAGAAAAUGAAAAAAAACUGUAAAGGCGGCAAUAUAGAUCACUAGAUCAGAUACUGAUCUGAGUUAUUUACUUUAUAUUUUUCAUCCAAAAAUGACUUGUUUUAAUAUUUUAUUGGGAAUACUUUCAACACGGUAAUUUAUUUUUCUUGCCCCCCACCCUCCCCACCCCUUCCUCCUCCUCAAGGAACUUGUGUAAGAUGCUUUCCCCUCUCUUGUUUUUUUUGUUGUUUUUUUUUUAAAAAUAUGUGUAAAUAUAUAUGUAUAUAUAUUUACAUAUAUAUAAAAAAAUUUGCCCUUAUUUGUUUAAUUUUGUUUUCUAAAGGAGCACAAAUCACCAUAAGAUGACCGUUGUUAGGUAAUAAGGGUAUAUUUUGAUGUGAUCAGUUUGAUUGUAAUUUAAUUUCAGUAGUGGUUCCGUACGAGCUGAUUGAGACACAAUAAAUUUGUUAGAAUGAAACGCA